AACAAAGCGUUUUUGCAUGCUUGCGAUUCAAAACAGAGUAGGAUCCAGCUGGAGGAAGGAAGCUUGCGCGUUGCUCUCGUUCGCCGGGAUAUUGGAUUUAAUUUACUACGGAACAUACAUCGCUCUGAUCCACACACACUCUUUGGUCUCUGGAAGAUGUCCAACUAAAGUUCUCGCUGGCAGCAGGAGCAUUAUUCGACCGACCGAAACGACCGGACAUUCCGAUAGUGUGAUGUGCUGUGGUAGAAUCGUACGAAAAUAGUCAAAUUGUAUUGAAAAAACGCCAGCCGCCAUGACUGUAACGAACAGACGGUACCAUCGGGGACACCUUCCAACGUCGAGCCAUUUUCAGCCCCCGGCCAGUACUGCUUCUUCCCCCAAUGCGUUAGCGACGGUCGGUGGUAGCAGCAACAGCAGCAACAGUGGCAACACGAACAACACCGUGGACAGUAAUGGCGAGGAGGAUGGCAGUGCCAUGUUUACGCCGUUUCCCAAACACGUGCCAUAUCCGAACGUGGAGCAAAGCUCGGAACUAAUGAACGAGCUGCUCAUUUUCUGCUUCACAAUCCUUGCCAGUGCGACUCAGUUUUUGCACCUGUACCGGUCGGUCUGGUGGCUGCCGAACUCGUACAACCGGCAAGCUGUGAACUUUUACCUAAUCGACUGGGAUCUUGCCAUCUUUAUCGACAUUAUGGCCAGCCGGCGGCUGCUGUACUGUUGCAUACUGAAGUUCAUCGAUGCGAACUGUCCGGAAGCGUACGUGGAAGUGAGCAAACGGGCGGCCAAGUACACCUUUCUGGCGUUUGUGGUGGUUUCGUUUGCCGUUUGUGGGGCACAAAUUUUCCAGAAAGCCAGCUACAUCCAUCUGUUCGUGUUGAGCUACCCGUUGGUGCUGUACCUCAUGAUAUUUGGGCUGAAUUUGGAACAGUUCCUGCGUACCAUCGUCGAUACGGAACCGAACUGUAUCAACGGGAUGCCACUGCACAGCUGUUCGUCCAAUCCGAACUCGAUCCGCACCGAAAUCGAUGCACUCAAGACGGACUUUAACAGCCGGUGCAAGCAAGUUAUCUUCACGUCGCUGCUGAACGCGUACUAUGCCGGGUUUGUUCCGUGCGUGCUCGCAUCGAAGCAUCUGUACUACAACAAUUUCUGGACGACGCAGCAUUUGGCCUGUGUGUUUGUGGGCGGUUUUACCAUGUGCGUGACGUAUUGCUUCCCGAUGCGCUACUGCGAUGUGUUUCACCGGGCCGCGCUACACCUUGGCCAGUGGCACCGGGUGAACAAUCGGUCGAGCAGUGUGCCAGCGUACACCUGGUCGAAGACGAACAUUUACCCGCACGGUACGUACGUGCGGCACAUGGGAGAGGUGUAUCGAUCCGUGGGCUAUUGCACUUCGGCCAUACCGGCCAACAGCAGCCAUUAUAGAUUUUACGCAAUAUUUAGCUAUCAUGUCGUCAUAUACAUGUCGCUGUUUGCAGUUCAGAUGUUGCUGAUAGUACUGCAACUUGUCAUAUUUGCUCUAACACCGGAAUGGCAGAACGUGCUGUCGGUUGGCUUUCUGUUGCUGACCAACUUUUUCACGCUGUUUCGGAUCGCACGUGAUUACUUCAUUGCUCGUCGGAUUUAUGCUAGCGAACCGCUGUACCUCGGCAUGAAGCUGCAGUAGUAGUAGUGCUAGUGAGCUGCACAUAUCUCAAACCAGCGCAGUAACGGACGGAUGGUGAUACCGACGUUUGUAAUUUAUUGAACUAUACGAUUAACUCUCAAUAUACAUGAACUAGUGAGUAACGGUUGCGCAAUCUC